ACGAGACUCCCGCCACCGGCAAACUUGUUGCUCCCUGCCUCAGUUUUGUCUUGCCCGCCUUCCGUCGCACGUCGCCACCGCCGCUUAAUUAUUUCUCUUUUUCGUUUUGUCCCGACGUUUGUUAUCCUUGCUAGCAGCACCCCCUCCCACGUUCCCUUACCCACUCUUCCUCACCCAGCCCCCCCAUCAUCUCAGUUCUUUUCUCUUGGAGAGAUUAGUAUUUCCGCGAUUCGCUUCCCGCUUCAGGAAAGCCCGGCAUCUUUAUCUUACGACACGCCGUGUUCUGCCGGUCGUUCGUCCGGCCCUCUCUGUAUUUUUUCUUGCUUUUAUUUACUCGAUCGCGUCAAAGAAACGACUCGAGCUAAGCUGUACCGUCGUGUAGAGAACAGUCGCCUGGGUCCCAGAGUGUCGUGUCACCAGUGUCGCGUCGUGCCUUUUUUCAUCUUCUGUUUCUUCGGCUCCCGGGUGUCGUCUGCUAUCCCGGUCACCGAGCUGCUUCUGCUCCAUCUGCGCCCAACGACAAGAACCCGGUGUUGACCGCUCCGAACUACCGGGUAUAUCCGGCCUCCGUAGAUGUUGUGUCGGACUGUGCACCGUCUGGAUGUUGUCGCGUUGUGCGAUCGGUAGCGGCCGGACUCACUAAGUGGUCCAGUGCGGUUGCGAAACCAGCACCUCAAAUCCACCUCGAAACCUGCGCCUGCGUCAUCUCCUCCCGGUGUUACCCCGAACGUGUGAGGCCAAGUCAGAAUACGAUGCACAAGCACCGGCACGACAACGCCAUCCCCAACUGCCAUGGGACCAUCUCCGAGUGCGUCUUCUGCUGCGUCUUCCUGACGGCCUUCUCGUCGGCCGUGGUGAUGGACUCGUCCCCGACGUACAACGCGGUCGGCGCCCGCCACCACCCGGCGUCCGUCUACACGUCCUCGGCGUGCGACGACUGCGCGGCUCGCAAACUCGCCGAGCAGGCGAACAGCGCCGAGUACCGGUACGCCCGCAUCGAGCUCAUCAAGCAGCAGAUACUGAAGAAACUCCGCCUCAAAGAACCUCCCAACGUGAGGAUACCGCGGUCCGUGCUGCCUUCCGUGCUCGCUGACAAAGAUCUCCUGCCGGCACCGGCGACGCCGGCAGCAGACGACGAAAGGAACUCUCGAACCCGGGAGGACUUCUACGGUACCAUGCAGACGGCUGUCAUCUUUCCGCAAAACGAUUCCAACGAGUGCGUCACAAGGAGUCCGCACCUGGGCAGCUGCUUCGUAUUCCAGCUGAGCAAUGAGCUGACGAGCCGCAGCGUGGCGCACGCCGAGCUCUGGGUCUUCAAGGACCUGGACCCGUCUUCGUCCACGUCGGCCGUCAACCACACAUUCGUCGUGUCCGAGCUAUCCCAGUCCGACUCGCACCGCAGCAACCGGCAUCACCACCGACAUCAAACGAUGCUGACCAAGAGCGUCAUCGCCUUCGAGAGCAGUUCUCCGAGACCCGAGUGGCUGAGGUUCGACCUGACGAGCCUCGUCGAGCGGUGGGCCCGACGUCGCAGCAACCGUCCCCGGGUCCUGGAAAUCAGCUGCAAGACGUGCGGCAACCUGAGGAACUCUCUGCCUUCGGGGACGCCCGUCGGUUCGAGCGGUGACAAGCAGCCCUUCCUGGUGGUGCGCACCGACCCGAACGCGCCAUCCCCGCACUCGCGCUCCAGGCGCAGCGUGGACUGCAGCUCGUCCAUAUCGCGCUGCUGCCGCGAGUCAUUCUACGUGUCCUUCAAGGAGAUCGGCUGGGACAGCUGGAUCAUCCAGCCGGCCGGCUACUCAGCAAACUUUUGCCGUGGCUCAUGCAUACACGACAUCAGUGUCAACAAGUACCACCACACCACGGUGCUACAGAGGUUCCUGCACAGCGCGGCGGCUGGAGCGGUCAACGACACGCUCAAGCUAAGCCUCUGCUGCACGCCGUCGCGUCUCUCCUCCAUAUCGCUCAUCUUCAUCGACGAAGACCAGGUGCUCAAGCAGAAGAGCCUGCCCAACAUGGUGGUCGAAGCGUGCGAAUGUGCGUGACCAGGUGUGCGGUGCAAAAUGUGUUUUAGGUUAAAAAGUAAAAAAAAGACUGCAUUCCUUUCCGAAACAGAGACUCUGGACUCGUGCUUCGACGAAGUGGCGCUCUCUAUUUUUCUUGAGUGCUAAGCUUACGAUAGACUGCUUUUCGGAGUGCCCACCGACGCAGCAGUAUUUAGCGGAGAUUCUGAAGAUGUGCUCUCUGCAGGUAACAAACAUUCGCGAGGUUAGGCUGCAAUAACGUACACGUGAGAUGAAUCAUAA